CGAAAACGAAAUGAUACGGUUAGAUCAUCAAAUUUUUUUAUAUUUUUUUUCAACAUUUUCAUCAUCAUAUAUAAUAUGGUUUUUAUGGAAUCCCAUUUGGUUCAAUCAUUUCUGUAUUGUAUGUGGUCUAUCCAUAAUAUCAUGGACAUUGGCAUAUUAUUUUUUCGAAAUAUUCAAUCAAGAAAUGAUUGAUCCUGUUGGUAAAAUUGUAUUAAUUACCGGUUGUGAUAGUGGAUUUGGUAAUCGAUUAGCAUGUCGAUUAGAUCGUAUGGGUUUUCAUAUUUAUGCUGGUGUACUAUUGCCCGAUGGUGAUGGUGCUAAACAAUUACAGAGGAAAUGUUCAAAUCGUUUGAAAAUAAUGCAAAUGGAUGUAACCAAACCAGAAGAAGUGAACAAUGUUGUCGAACAAAUCAAACAAUCAGGAAUGCCAUUAUGGGCAUUGGUCAACAAUGCUGGCAUUGGUAUUUCGGUUCCAUUUGAUUGGGGCAAUGAUAUUGAUGUUUAUCGUAAAGUAUUCGAUGUCAACAUUUUCGGUGUAGUACGUGUAACAAAAUCUUGUAUAUCAUUAUUACGACAAUCAAAUGGUCGAAUCGUUAAUGUAGCCAGCUUGGCCGCUCGAAUAACAUCACCAUUAUCAUCACAUUACAGUAUGGCUAAACAUAGUGUCCGUGUAUUUUCCGAUGCAUUACGUCGUGAAAUUGGUUCAUCAUCAAAAAUGAAAAUAAUCACAUUGGAACCAUCAUUCUAUCGAACCGAUAUUAUCAAUCAUGAUUCAAUGAAUCGUAUGAGACGAAAAAUUUUCGAUGAAACACCUGAAGAUAUACGAGAAAAUUAUGGUGAAAAAUAUUUUCGUAUAUUCGAUAAAUCUAAUCAAAUGACAGAAUCAAUUAUAAAAAAUGACUAUGAAGCGGUUAUCGAAGCAAUGAUUAUGGCCGUUGCAGGUGAAAAUCCAAAAUUAUAUUAUCGUUGUUGUAAUUAUUAUGAAGUGAUUGCAUUCUGGGCUUUAUCACAUAUGCCCGAAAUAAUUGUCGAUUAUUCAGUAAAAUACAGUGGCAAACUGAAUAAAUUAUUAUGGAUUAAGAAUUAAAUUCACAGUUUUUUUUUGUUGUCUGAAUAAUUUGUAUC